UUAUGCAUAUACAUUACACACAGAUGUUGGCAUUGUACAGACAGAAACUGCAGUAUUCAAUGUGAUUCGUUUGCACAAAGUUGAUUUUAUUAUUUUCUUUAAUCUUUCACCAAUUUCAUUGUUUUUUCUUUGUUUUUAAGUUCGUUUAGAGAAUUUGUUAUUUGAAAUGAAAUCAAAAUAACAAGAAAAACUCAAACAACAAAUCGCAUUAACACACUCUUCUACUCCUUUUUUUCAAUUACCCAUCUGUGCUAUCAAAUCAAAUACAAACAAUUUUACAAAAUCAAAAAAAGAAAAAAAAAGAAAACCAAAACACUUAUCUAUAUUCCAAAAACGGACCAAGCAAAACAUAUCAUUUUUUGUAAGUCGAUAACCUCGAAACGAGGGGGAGAUUAUUUUUUUUAAAAAAAUUAAAUUUAAACGAAAUCAGGAGGAAUUUAUUUGCCAAACAACGAAAAUCCACAAACAUUAUACAAAGUGAAAAAAAAAAAUCAGCACCAACCAUCCGAAGCAUUGACAGUGUGUGUCAUUCAAAGAGUUGGAAACAGAACACCACGAACUAAUAAAUUUAUAUCCAAAAUAUGGCUGAAACUAUAGAAAAAAGCACAACGAUGGAACAUGAAGAAAAAGAAGAAGAGAAGACCACCGAUAUACCCGUUGACAUAAUCAAAUUGCAACAAGAAUUUUAUGAAAUGUUUGGCCAUAAAGCGAGCGUCAUUUAUGAUUGUUACACGGAAAAAGUGGAGCUUGAAGUAAAAAUCGAUUUACUAAUGCCGGAAAUGAAUAAAGCAAAGAAAAUGCAAUUGGUCGAUUUGAUAUGGUCACAAAAGAAAUACAUGGGCGAUAAACAUCUGUUUAUGUCACCAAUUUUCGUAUGUUGCAUCUAUGACCAUAAUAUCAAAGACCAUUUAACUUAUCCAUUAAACAUUCAAUCGAAACGAUUUUCCAUACAUCCCGUAUUUCGGGUGCAAAAAUGCCUGGGCACGGCCACCGAUGAAAAUGGCCAAACCAAAUGUUGUGCCAUUUUCAUUGAUGAAUUUGGUCGUGCAUAUGUGAAUUGGAAAGAUUUUCGCGAAAAAAAUAAAUACGAAGAUGGUCUUGUGAUUGCGCCACGUACUGGCAUCUAUAAUGGUUCGUCAUCAAACGAUCAAGUUUUAUUAGAUAUUUUCGUACGAAAAUCGGGUCUAACAAAAAAUUUGGACACUGGAUCGACUGUUGUUGGUUUGGCAUCGGCAGGCGUUGCUGCUGCAACGUUCAUUCCAUCUUUGGCUGUGGCACCGGUUGUUGUGGGUGCUGCUGCAUUGGCUGGAAUUUCAUGCGCUGUAUACACUGGGAUUCGUAGUGCCUACGAUUUAUAUGAUAGAAAAUAUCAUAAGCAAAGUAUUGCAUUAAAGGAUAGAGAGGCGCGUGCCUCUUGGUUCAAUAUCGCGGCUGGCACACUGUCUGCCUCUGCGGCUGGUGCAACAAAACUAAUGACACAGGCUGCCUCAAGUGGACAAAAUAUAUCACAUUUAACACGAAAUACGGUUCGUUUUAUGAAUUUGGGUGCAUUAAGUUUGCAUACAACUGGCUGCUUGGAUGGAUUUCAUACGAUGUUGUAUAAUUUUUACAAUGGCGAACCGGUAUCCAAAGUGCACUUAGCCCAAUUGAGUGCAUCGCUAUUUUUGUUAACGCAUUCGAUUAGCAAUUUUCAAGCGGCCGAACAGCUAAUACGUUCCAGCGAUUCAAAUAAUCCCGAUUCGAUGAAAGAUAUUUUACGUGAACGGCAAAAAACAUCAUUCAAUCAUUUGGUCAACGAAACGAUACUAAUUCGUGGAUUGCGCACCGACGUCGGACAAAUCAUAAUACGAUCAAUCAAAAGUUUGGGAAACUGCAAAGAACUAUUGGAUUACAUUGAAUCCAAUAAGAAAAUGUUAACCGAAGAUGUGAAAGAGAAAGAAAAGAUUGAAGAGACUAGUGAAGAACUGAAAGAAAAAGAAGCAGCCGCGGCACAAACUCCAUCACAAGAAGAGGUGGAUUUAAAGAAUGAAGCUACUUUCAAUAGUGCAACACCAUCCGUUGCCAGAGAAUACUGUGAAGUGUUCGAUAUUCGCUUGAAGUCGAUUGUCAGCAAAUUGACGAACCAAGUGAAUAAUCGCGGUGAAUCUUCAUUACAAUUGAUUUUACUGCUGCUUUUGAAUCAAAUGACAUUUAAAACGUACAACAAAUUUUUGAAUUUCGUACAAGAGUUGAUGGUACGGAUAAGUUGUUCACUGGAAAAACAAAUGCAAACACAAGUAAAUUUUGAAACCUACUUAAAACUAGCGUAUGCUCAAUUCGUUGAACGUUCAGAGAAAGAAAAAUUUUUGGAUUUAAAUAAUUACAUUUUAAGUUUGGACGAUGAUAAAAUGCAUUUUAUCGAUUUUCAAAUUCGUGAAUAUUUAAAAGAGCAAACCGCUGAAUCAAUAGAAAAUUUAGAAAUAAGCUUUGACGCUGCACACAUAUAUCAAGCCGAUUUAAGCGAUAAUCGCAAAGUAUUUUUGAUGAUUGAAGAGCGGGUCGAAGAGUUUGGAAGUAAAUUUAAAAUGUGCUGUGCCACAGCCAAUGUAAACGAAUUACAUGAAACAAUUGAGGAGAUUUUAAAACGGUUAUCGUACGAAUCGGCAGCGAUAUUCUUUGCAUUGGCUAAAAAAUUGUUGAACGAUCAUGCCGUUACAAUUCAAUUAUCACUGGGACGUUUUAUAUCUGUAGACAUUUUUAUCACCGACAUCUAUUGCUUGCUCACCAAAAUUAGUGCCGACGAUGAUUGUGACACAUUGAAUGAAUAUCUUUUUCAGUAUACAGACGAUUUAUAUGAUAAAAUCGAAACCCAAUUCAAGAACAGUUAUGUACUUGAACAUGAAAGUUCCUUAAAAAAGACACAAUGCUCUGUCUGUGCUGGUGAAGCAUUCGUCUAAACAAAAAAACUUCCAAAGUUUAACAAAACAUCAAAAUCCAACAACAGUCAUAUCAAAAGUAGCCACAAAAGAAAAUAUUAUAUUAUAUUUAAGCUUAACCAUAGAUUUGGUGUAGUCAUUUAGAAUGAAAAAAUGGCAACGCUUAAUAUUGCAAAGUUAUUCAAAGCACAAAAAAUAUUUCUAUUUUUGAAUUAAACCUACCAAGAAAAGAAGAAAAACAACAUGAAAUUUAUUAGAAGAUCAAAUCUAUUAUAUAUUUUUGUGAUCACCUUAUUACAAGAAGAAAGAAACACUGUUAUACACUUAGAAAAAAAAAUGACGUUAAAAUAUUAUAAUAUAAUAAAAUAUAUGUUUCAUGGCAUGUAGACAUAAA